GAAUAUUAUGAUAUUACAAUUGAAGUUGGUAAUGACCCUAACGUAAAAAUAUUUCGAGCUCAUAUGGUUAUUUUAAAUUAUCGUUCUUCUUACUUGCGAAGAAUUUUAUCAACAAAUGAAAGGAAAAAUGAUGGAACUUUAUCACAUAUUAAAUUACCAAAUAUUUUACCUGAAAUUUUUCAAGCAAUCUUAAGUUAUAUUUACGGAGGAAGACUUUCUAGUAUAGGAGAAUAUGAUGCUUCAGAUAUCAUUAAAAUCUUAUUUGCCGCCAAUGAACUUAGUCUUCAAGAAUUAGUUGAAUAUUUGCAAUUAUCUUUAAUUGAAAAUAAUUCGAAUUGGAUGGAGCAGAAUUUUAAUUUUAUUUACCAAACGAGUUUUGAGAAUAAUUCUUUCUUGGAACUUCAAAAAUAUUGUACCGAUUUAAUAUCCAAGAAACCAGAAAAGAUAUUCGAAUCACCAAAUUACUCUUCAAUUUCAGAAAAAAUUUUGAUUUCUCUCAUUCAAAAUGAUAACCUUCAAGUUAGUGAAAGUUCAAGUUUGGAAAAAUGUUCUCAAAUGGGGACAUGCUCAAAGUCCUGAACUUUCUUCUGAUCCCGCAAAUUUAUCAAAG